AGACAGGCUAAGAGACAAAGCCACAGCCCUGCUGCUUCCUGGGACUCUCUCCUACCUCUCCUAUUGUUGUCCCCCCUUCAGGAGGAGGGAGAGAGACAGAAGGAGAGAGGAAGCAGCAGCCAGCAGUAGCAGAGAGCUUAGUUAAAAGAUUAAUUUAGACAGCCACACUUCCCCACCCCCACUUCCUCACAUACAUAAGCUCACUCACCCUUCCCUACCAUCUCAUGGCUUCACUAUAUCUUCUUGCCUUUCCUUGAAAGGAUCCAGACAAUCCCCUCUCCACAACUGGAAAAAAGAAAGUGGUACACCCUCUCUGCCCAGAAGGUGCCAGCUAUUGCAUCCAACUCCAGAAACUCAGCAACGCAGAGGUCAUGUCCCUGGUUCCAUGGUUCCGGUGGAGCGAGACCCCUCACAGGCUGUCUCCCAGAAGUCCAGCAGAAAUGGUGCUUGAGACUCUGAUGAUGGAGCUGGCUUGGCAGAUAAAGGAAGCUGAGAAGCAGCACCGGGAAAGGGAGAAUGAAUACCGGAAGAUUCGUACUGGCGUUGACUAUAGCUGGCUGGCAAGUCCACCCAGGAGUGCCUAUGACCUUAGCCCUGGGGAGCGGCUUCAGUUGGAGGAUGCCUGCACCAAAAUCCACCCUUCUUACUGUGGGCCCAUGAUCCUCAGGUUCCGGCAGCUCAUUGCUGAGUACGAUCCAGAAGUCCAUGAGGUGUCCCAGCUCUUCCGUUCAGUCCUCCAGGAAGUCUUGGAGAAGAUGAAGGAAGAGGAGGCUGUUAGGAAGCUGACCAAACAAUGGAACACUCGACCCCGGGGCACCCUCUCCCUGACCACUUUUAGGACCCGUUCCCGCAUCUUUCCUUUUGCCAGUGACAUCAGGACCAUCUCAGAGGAUGUGGAACGGGACAUCCAUCCCACUCCUAGGGUCUGGAGCAUGCCUGAAUUCCAGAUGCAGAAAGACCAAUAACUAAGAAAAAAGAGCUGAAUUCCUAGGAAAGACUCUGUUAGCCAGGUUUCAACCACAAGUGCCACCAUUCCCCCAUCCCAAUCCCUCUUUUGCCUAUCCCAGUUUGACAUGCUCUCCCUGUUGCUUUUUUGAGGUUCUAAGCCAUCAAAAGGAUUGAGGAACCAAUGAUUAGGGCCAUUUUGGGAUUGUGACCUUAUUUACUCUGACCUAAACUUGUCACCCAUUUAGAAGUCAGAAUCUGGGAAGUAGAAAAAGCCAAAAGACCCCACAAUAAAUUUCUAUUCUUUGGGGCUUUUUUUCCACUUUUUUAAACUGAAUAAGGCAUAGAUCAUAAAAUCAUAGAGUUUCAGAGCUGGUUGGAACCUUACAGUGAAUUAGCUAGUCCAAACUUCUCAUUUUAUAGAUGAGGGAAAUAGGCCCAACAAGGUUAAGAGUCCUUCUAUCUUAUCUUGAUGGGCUGUUCUCCUUGGGCCAUUUGGCAAUUCCCCAGUCUCUGAGCCCUUAAGUUGUGGGCUAUGACAGAACAGGGCCAAAGGCUAUUUCCCCAUAGCAUCUAUCACCCAACUCAUCCCUCAAGAAAACAUUUAAGUGCCCAGUGUGUCACUGGGGCAAAUCUCCUAAAAUUCUGCCCCUAUACUGAUAUCAUGCAGGACAUAAUAACAACACCCAAGAUAUAAUCGGUUCUCAGAAGGCCCUCUCCAUUUAGCUUGUCUAUCGUCAACAUAAAGCAUUUAGAGCUAGAAGGGACCUUAAAGAUCAUCAAGUCUGAUCCCUCUUCCCCAUUUUUUAUAUGUCAAAAAGUGCUUUAUUGAGGCAUUUGUCUUUUUAAACCAUAAUCUCUUCCCAACAAAUUCCACCCUCCCUCCCUCCCCAACUGGAUUCACUUACAUAAAGCAAAGCCAUCUAACCAAGGAAACAGGACUGAGAUGUCAACUGACAGAGAACAUACCAGUGGGCAUCUAGAGACCAUCACCUCUUCACAAAAAGAAGGAGGUGCAUUCCAGCAUCAGUCAUCAGGAAUCAUGCAUUGAGCAUUGGGUUUGAUCUGAAUUCUGUUGUCUUUUAAUAUCAUUUUCAUUUACAUUAUUGUCAUAAUUAUACUCGUUGUUUUCCUGGU